UGCGAAAAUAUUCAAUAAUGAAAGUGUUAGAAAGCUAGCCUAAGUAAAUAUCACUAUACUAAGAUAUAAUACGUGUUUAUAUAAACAUAUUAGCAAAGUGUUCGUAAACACAUAAUACUAUAUAUAUAAUAUCUAAUGUAUAGUGCAUAUCCAUAUGAUGAAUGAAUGUAACCGACCUCUACUAGUUUGCAAAAAUGUGAUACAGUGAGAGGACUAUGAUUAAUCGAAUAGAAAACUGUAUAUCAGUAUUAUCGAUAGAUUUUUAUAUAGUCAUGCUAUUUGUCAUACUAAUACUGCAAUUUUUAUCGUACAUUUAAAAUUCUCUUAAAACAUAACCUACAAUCUAUUUUUGGAGGAAAGACACGAGUAUCAAUAUUACGUUAACCGGCUGUACCGAAGAUGUGAUCUCACCGGUGAGAAAGCGUUAACCAAGAUCAGAGUAUAUGUUUACAUGCAUUAAUGUUGUAAUAUUCUAUUCGAAAACAAUAAGCACCCUUUAUUUAUGGUGUAAUGGAAAAUCAUUCCGUUCGCAUAAAUUAUACGUUAACACCACACGAUACUGAACAACCACUAAUACAUGAUAACCAAACUAUACAACUUAAGGAGAAUAGUAGAAAAUCUGAAGAAAUAAUUGUACAUACAAAUAAAACUAAAGGUGGUUUAUUUAACUCCAGAGCUUUGAUAUUUGUAGCAUUAUGGUUCCUCUUCAGUGGGUGUACUUUAUUCUUAAACAAAUACAUAUUAUCUUACAUGGAAGGAAAUCCAACAAUUUUGGGUGCCUGUCAGAUGUUAAUGACAGCAAUAUGUGGUUUUAUACAAAUGUAUUUUCCAUGUGGAAUGUAUAGAACAAGAUCAAGAUUAUCAAAACCAGCAGGUUUUUAUAAACAUAUGAUAUUGGUAGGAUGUACAAGAUUUACAACAGUAGUACUAGGAUUAGUAUCACUCAAUUAUGUAGCAGUGAGUUUCACAGAAACUAUUAAAAGUAGCGCGCCAAUUUUUACCGUCCUUAUUAGCAGAUAUUUAUUAGGAGAACACACAGGGUUAUAUGUAAAUUUAUCUUUAAUUCCUGUAAUGGGUGGUUUAGCUCUGUGUUCAGUGAAUGAAAUCAGUUUCGAUGUCAGAGGAUUUAUUGCUGUUAUGGCCACAAAUGUAACAGAAUGUUUGCAAAAUGUUUAUUCCAAAAUGUUAAUCAGUGGCAACAAUUUUAGGUACUCGCCUGCAGAGUUACAAUUUUAUACCAGUUUAGCAUCAAUUGUGGUGCAAAUACCAGUGUCAAUUUUACUACUAGACUUACCAACACUUGAGCAUUCCUUAAGUUUUAAAUUAUUCACAGCCUAUCUUCUUAAUGGAGUGUUCUUCCAUUUUCAAAGUAUCACUGCAUAUGCAUUGAUGGAUUAUGUUAGUCCUGUAACGCAUAGUGUGGCCAAUACAGCAAAGAGAGCUUCUUUAAUUUGGGUAUCUGUUUUAUUAUUUAACAAUCCGGUAACUGGAUUAUCGGCUUUGGGAACAUGUUUGGUAAUAGCAGGAGUGCUAUUGUAUAGUCGAGCACAAAAAUAUGAUGGUCUAAACAAGGGAAAAUUGCGACACAGUUAGAAAAUUAAUUUUUCAGUAACAUAAAUCUAAAGUUAAUAAGGAUUUACAUUUAAUUAGAAUAAGUAUUUGUAUUAUUAAGCACAUGAUUUCACACAAAGAAUUCAAAUAACAAAUUCAGUAUUAAGUUUUAUUACGCUGUACUUUAUUCAUUGCAAAAAUACAAAAGCAGAAAUAUAUUUUGCAUUCUAAAUGCAUUUUAUAACACUGAAAGUUUUAAUUGAAGAUAUACGACGGUACAAAUUAACAAGGUCAUAAGGAAUUAUGUUAAACAUUAAAUACUAUGUAAAA